CAACUGUAAAAGUCAAUGUCUUUUUCCAGAGCUGAGGCCUUUGCUGACUUAGAGGCUGAAUUCAAACCAUCUCUUCUGAAUAGCAUAGUGUACAUAAUCUCUAUGGCUCUGCAAAUAUCCACAUUUGCUGUCAACUACAGGGGUCACCCAUUUAUGGAAAGUCUGACAGAAAACAAGCCACUCAUGUAUAGUAUUUUAAUAUCAGGCACAGCAAUACUGAUGCUUGUAACAGACCUCUCACCUGAACUAGCUGGCAUAUUUUCCAUUGUAGACUUUGAACCAGAAGUAAGCAUUUCACUGUUUUUAACAAUUUUGUUAAUUGCUUAAGUGCACAAUAUUCUUAAUACUUUGCAA